GCCCCGCGGAGGCCAGGGCGCGCGGCCGACAUGGGCGAGACCAUGUCCCGGAGGCUUAAGUUGCAGUUGGGCGGGGACGCGGAUAUGGAAGAGCGGGCGUUCCCCAACCCCUUCCCGGACUACGAGGCCGCCGCCGCCGUGCCGGCCGAGGAGCCGCCAUGUGCUCGCCCCCAGCUCACUCCCGACGAGCUCGGCCUCCCCUUCCACAGCGAUGGGAAGAUUAUUAAUAAUUUUACAAGGCGGAUCCAGACCAAAAUUAAAGAUCUUCUACAGCAAAUGGAAGAAGGGCUGAAGACAGCGGAUCCACAUGAUUGCUCUGCUUAUACUGGUUGGACAGGCAUAGCCCUUUUGUACCUGCAAUUGUAUCGGGUCACAUGUGACCAGACCUAUCUGCUCAGAUCCCUGGAUUACGUAAAGAGAACACUUCGGAAUCUGAAUGGCCGGAGGGUCACUUUCCUCUGUGGAGAUGCUGGGCCCUUGGCCGUCGGAGCUGUGGUGUAUCAUAAACUCAAAAGUGAUUGCGAGUCCCAGGAAUGCAUCACAAAACUUUUGCAGCUCCAGAGAGCCAUCGUCUGCCGAGAUUCAGACCUUCCCGACGAGCUGCUUCAGGGCCGGGCAGGCUAUCUGUACGCCUUACUCUACGUGAGCACGGAGAUGGGGCCGGGCGCCGUGUGUGAGUCAGCUGUCAAAGAGGUAGUCGAUGCUAUUAUUGAAUCAGGCAAGGCUUUGUCAAGGGACGAAAAGAAGGCUGAGCGCUGUCCCCUGUUGUAUCAGUGGCACAGGAAGCAGUAUGUUGGAGCAGCCCAUGGCAUGGCCGGAAUCUACUACAUGUUAAUGCAGCCAGCAGCAAAAGUGGACCAAGAAACCUUGACAGAAAUGGUGAAACCUAGUAUUGACUAUAUGCGCCACAAAAGAUUCCGAUCUGGGAAUUAUCCGUCAUCCCUAAGCAACGAGACAGACCGACUGGUGCACUGGUGUCACGGGGCCCCCGGUGUCAUCUACAUGCUCAUGCAGGCGUACAAGGUUUUUAAGGAGGAGAAGUACUUGAAGGAUGCCAUGGAGUGCAGCGAUGUGAUUUGGCAGCGAGGUUUGCUGCGGAAGGGCUAUGGGAUCUGCCAUGGGACCGCUGGGAACGGCUACUCUUUCCUUUCCCUUUACCACCUCACGCGAGAUAAAAAGUACCUCUACCGCGCUUGCAAGUUUGCAGAAUGGUGCCUAGAAUAUGGAACGCAUGGUUGCCGCAUUCCUGACAGACCCUAUUCUCUCUUUGAAGGUAUGGCUGGCACUGUUCACUUCCUCUCCGACAUCCUGGCCCCAGAGGCAUCACGGUUUCCAGCAUUUGAACUUGGCUCUCCACAGAGGGAUACAAAGGGGCAAAAAGAGUACUGAGAGAUCCAACUGGACCAGAAGCCACCGGGCUGCUUAGUGCCUGACACAGAACCAAGUGUGAAUCCUGAAAGAGGGAGAAAAAGGAGAAGCAGACCCCCUCCCAGACCCCCUGUGUCAGAGUGUGGUGACAGACCGUCCCAUCAGCGUUCUGUAACAGUGUCCCCUCACUGGUGUAAAUUAUGAAUUCCGCGUAUCCAGU